AAAUAUGCAUUGAGUAAGAAUGGAAACUAAAUAUGACGUGGCCAUUGCGUGUUCUAAAAAUAGGAUUUCCAAAAAUAUGGAUUUCCCGAUACAGACACUUUAGUCAUCAGUCAAUCCACUGAUAAGAGAACGACGAACAAGGCAUGAAAUAUGGAGUUUAAGGAGCAGCUUUCUGAAGUCCAGGUUGCUUUACAUUUGGAAUUGUCACUUAUAUUUCCCCAUUUAAGUGAUGACGUUCUGUAUGACACAAUCCUUGAUCACAGAAAUGAGAAUGACGUAGAUCGAUGUAUUCAACAUCUGUUGGACAACUGUGAGGAAACCCGACAUCCGAUUGACGAAGUAUAUUCACUGGGACUGGAUUUCCGUUCUGAAAUGCUCACCGAAGACAUAACAAAUCUGACUUGUGGUGACAAGACUGCCUUCACUGUCCUGGACAGAGAACACCAUUCAGAGGCUGUCCCUGACUGUUCCCGAAUUGAAGAAAACCGACAAGAUUUCAGAAUAGUGAUGAUUGGAAAAACUGGAUCUGGGAAAAGCGCUACAGGAAAUACCAUUUUAGGCAAAGAAUCUUUUAAGACGAGCCUUGGAGCUUCAUCAGAAACAGGGAAAUGUCAAGAAGAUACAUCUGUAAGGAUUGGAAAAAAUAUACUGUUGGUGGAUACUCCGGGCAUCUUUGAUACAAGUGUACCCAACAGGGAAACUCUGAAAGAAGUUGCCAAAUGUAUCAGCCUUUCAUUGCCCGGCCCGCAUGUAUUUAUUCUGGUUAUUCCGAUAGGGAGGUUUACUCCCGAAGAAAACGCCACUGUCAAGCAUUGUGAAGAAGUUUUUGGUGAAGACAUGUUCAAACAUACGCUUUUGGUUUUCACGAAGAGAGAUGACUUGGAGAAAAACAACCUGUCGUUCAAGGAGUACCUACAAACAGCACCAUCUUCACUACAGGAAAUUGUGAAAAAAUGCAACAAACGUUGUAUUGUCAUCGAUAACACUUCGGACAGGAGUUUACGUGACAAAGAUACAGAGAAAGUGAUGGAGGCCGUCAAUGCCCUUGUGGAAGAACAUGGCGGCCAGUACUACACGAAUGAGAUGUAUCAGACAGCCGAGAGGAAAUGUCGUGAAAGGGAGGAGGAAGUAAGACGUCAAAAUGACAAAGAAAAACAAAAGGAAACAGAGAAAAUGAAAAGACGGUUAGAAAAGGAAUAUCAAGAAAAAACAGAUCGUCUUGAAGCUGAAAGAAUUACAGCAGAACAAAAUAUGAACUAUCUCAUUAAAGAAAAAGAAAUUAUGGAAAAAACGUUGAAUGACAAAUAUAUGGAAGAUAGAGAUAUUGAAAUGUUGAAAAGAAAAUUGGAGAGAGUCCAAGAAGAGGCUCAGCAAUACAAGGAAAGAGUGGAAGGUGCUAAACAGCAGCGUGAAAUAUGUUUACGAGAUAAAGACCUAAGUACACAAAAACAAUCAGAGGCCUUAGGUAUGAAAUAUGACAGGUUGGUACGUGCCGGUCUUGCAAUGACAAAGGCAGGUGCAGUGUAUACAAUGAUCAAGGGAUCGGCUGAGUUGGGAUGGGGCAUUUGGAAUUUUUUUACUUCGCCAUUUUAGACUCCUACCUUUGCAACGACGACGACUACGACAACAACGAUGGCAACUACAAUAACGACGACGACGAUGAUGAUGAUGAUGAUGAUGAAUUAAGUCUUAACACACUCUUUCAUUAGUAUCCGCUUUAAUGAGCAAAUAAAUCGGUAAAUUUAAUUUUAUUCAAAACCUUAUUUUCAAUAAUUGCUUAAAUUAUACAAAUAUGAACGAAACAUCGAUUUUUUUUAAAAGAUUUUUUCAAAGAUUUUUCAAAGAUUUUUAUAUGUUUCAACAUUGUCAGCUGCCUUGGGAUGGACAAUCCAAAAACAUGUACGCUCUUCUCUCCUCUAGUAACACAUUAUCAAGAAAUAACCAAAUAUUUGAUUAUCGAUUUAAGUCCUCUAAAAUGCAGUGACGCUAAUUCCGGUCAAAAAUAUUAACAGCUAUUGAAAUAUGGUUCGAAUUCCGUUUAAAAGCAGCCAAGUUUUUUUUUAUCUAAUUCCCUCACUAUGCAGGAAUCGAACCCACAACCGUUCAGACGAAAAAUCAACACUACCAAAGCUUUGAUACAGAUCUAAUACAGAAAUGACAUCCAAACUCGAGUUUUAUGGAACUGAAAAUCCUCCGGGCCUCUUCUUUGUAUUAACUUGACCAAAGACAAAGGCUGAAUUUUGUAUGCAAAAUCAUAUUUCCGAGCAAUAUUUGUUGUAUUUCUUUUUUUAGUGGUGACCUGAUUUUCUUUGAAUAGUAGAGAGCAGACAAUUCACAUAUGCUGAGAGGCGAAGCUCAAAGGAAUUUGCUGAAAUUGGUAAAAAGGAAUAAUUUUUCAAAUUAAUUCUGGUUAUGAAAUUAAGACCAUUCUGCCUGGUUUUAUUUUCAAGUAACCUCCUCUUAGUCAGAAGGCAAAAUCCAUUUUGAGAGAAUCCCAUAUCCUCCACCCCUUUGAAAAAACAUUGAUUCCUUUGUUUCCGGAUCCUGCUGCCAUCUUCUUACGCAUUCCUGUUUUUCAGGGUGGGUCUUCCCAACUAUUACCGUCAAUGCUUCAGUCAGUUAGAUUGUUUGACAGAACUUCACUGUGGACAAUAUAAUAUGCUAAAUAGUCUUUCUUUGAGCUAGAAUAAGUCUCUUUUAAAUUUCAAAUAAUUUUCAUUGGUAGAAUAUUCUAUUCUCAGGUUCCAUCUGUUUUUUUCAACCAAUAUACUAUUGAAGCCUUGGCUUACUUAUACCAAAUAUUAAUAGUAUAAUAAAUACUAAUCUAGUUAUUAUGUUUGUCCUCUAUUUGAAAAUCAAAUUUGUUGAAUUUAUAUAGUUUCCUUCUUAUGACAUGCUAAUAUCCAAUGCUAUGCUGUCGUGAAUGUGUCUUCUAUGAAUUUGAUAUGUAUAUCUUGCAUUAUAAUGUGUUUAUAAAUAUUUAUUCAGAUGAGCCAUAUUAUAGUAAUUAGUAAAUAAUCUACAAUGUUAUUAGUGUUCUCGUGUAGUCUCAUUAUAUAUUUUGCCAAUAAAAGUCCAAAUUCGCAAAUAAUCGCUUUUAACCUCCAGUAGGCCCUGCGCGGUAGUGAUGUGUAUCUUGGCAUGCGCUCCUUUAUCGGUUCCAUACCAGUUGGACCGGUACAUAUGUACGAAUCUGCUGUUCUUGUAAUGGAAUGCAGCGUACUGUUCGAACCGGUUCUCGUGGACUGUUUUUCAAACGUACCUCUUGCAUCCAAGAUGGCGAAACUGUGAUUCCUCAUAUUAUAUCAAAUGUAUCGUUUAAAACGAUAUGGGAACUCGCUUGCGAAGAAAUCUCAUAAAUUACAUUUAUUAAUAUUUGACAACACGAUUCAAUUAGUGAUUUUAUAUUUAAUACGCUGUUAAAAACAGGAAAAAAAUAGUUUAUUAUUACAGUUUUAAUCCGUUGGAAUACGUGCUGUUUCAGGUGGCAUCAGAUGAUCAGUUGUCAUGGAAUUAUGUGAUCAAUUCUUGAUUAUGACAAUGACUAUCUAGAAAACAUUCCAAAAUUAUUAAAUAAUUGGACCAACGACACGUGACAUUCAUGAAUGAAAGCUGGUGCUGUCAUAGGUUUUAAAAAUCCCACAUCAUUUAUAGCUCACCCGCUCAAAAGGCAAGUGAGCUUAGUGCAGUGGUGCGUCGUCCAACAUUCGUCAGUCCUUCCAGCAUCAACAUUUUCUUUUAAACAACUCAUCUUUACUAAAUAAGAGACCCAAAUUAAUAUGGUCCGACUAGCACGCUAGAAUGAAGGGGUAGUAAGUUCGUCAUAUUGACUUACUAUAAAGAUACUAGGAUGACUCCAUAUUAUAACCAUGGGGUUUCGAGUCCAUAUACUGGGCCAGUAGUUUGGAGGGAUUAUUAAGUUUGUUAGAAUUAAUCACCUUGACCUUCAUUCAAAUUCACAGGGAAGAUAUGUCAAAAAGCGUGAACAACUUCUCAAUAACCACGAGAAUUGAAAAAUCUUCUUUUUUUUCUCAUUUUUAUUUUUUUAUUUUUCAAAUUCACCAAACAAUAUUACAUUCAAGUAUUUAACCCUGGAGGUCAAAGCCGAAGUGUAACUUCUAAAGAGGUUACUAAUGGGCAUUGUUAUUGUUUAUACAGGAAUCCUGUGGUAAAUAACAAUUAAUAUAUACAAUUAAAUUUGUAUUUUAGAGCAAUUCUUUAUUAUUGGACCUCACUUUUACUAUAUGGCAUUUUGCCUUUUUUGUCAGAAAAUAAUAUUUGUUUAUCUUGUAACCAAAUAUUGUACACUAUUAACAUUCGUAUUCCCAAAGUAUUCCUGUAUUACACAAGUGUGUACAUUUAAAUAGUACCAAAUACCAAUACAACAGUAACUUAAUAUAUAUAUAUAAUGCAAACACUUUGUAUAGCAAAUGACCUUAACUACAUUAAAUUCUAACU